UCACAGCACUCCGAGUGCCCGGGCAGGGAGGACGUACAGCAGGAGCUUGCCAUCAAACAAACUGAGGGGUACAGCUGGCACCCAAGGACAGUACCCCAUAACAUAGAAUCACCUCCCCCUGCUAGUUGAAUAAGAAUGCAGGACUCUCCCAUGGUGUUGAGCAGGAUAGCAGGGGACUGGCAUUGUCUAUCUGUCUGACACAUGUAUGUUUGGGGGACAGCAGCAUCGCUACUGGAUUACCUGCAAGGCAAGCGUUAUAUUGACUUACUGUGCAGCUUGUGAGGAGCUGAGGGAGUGAACUUUCAAAGGGGAAUUCCCUGCUCUCAUUGCCGGAUAAGGACUACCCUGUUCCUUUUAGGAGAUCAGCUAAGCAUGGUGUGCCAAGUUUGGGUACACUGGGAGCCUGGCAGGCGUGAGGCCUGGUCACUGCACUAAACUGGAAUCCGGGACGAUUGGGCACAAUGAUACUGUAACCACAAGGGAACAAAGGAGGGUGUCCAUAGCACCUGGUGACAAAUUGCUAGACUGUCGAGGUAACACAACUAUAUAUGACAUGAUCACAGGCAAGUGACUAUAUAACAUAACUUUGUGAUAACAUUUUGUUUUGUGUUUGGCAGGAUGAUAUUGAUAUGAUACAACGUGACCAUCAUACUCGCUCUCUGGAACCCUUUUGUUCUCCUAUCAAGCUCUUGGCAAUGCUGAAAUAAUGUAGAGUGGAACUGGAUCAUCUCUCCCAAGAUGGAGGUGAGAUCUGUGCCAUCGUCUAACUCUUUGCCUCUUGACCUCCCUGGCAUUAGUUCUGAAAUGCUAGGGGUGGCAGAGGAGGCUUUUAGAGCAGGUAAUUUUGAACUUGCAGCAGAGAUCUAUGGCUCUCAAUUGGAUGAACUACCUCACCCUGAGAGGUCUCUUCAUGUAAGGAGAGGUGAUGCCUUGGCACUGGCUGGAAAAAUAGCUGAUGCCCUAGACUCUUACACUAAAGCAGCUAUGCUUGGCCGGCUUCAUCCUGAGGAACUUGGUGUGUUGGUAGAAAGUAUUGCCCUCAAUAUUCGAGAGAAAGAGCUCAAGUUGCCAUGUUUCAGAAGAAAAGAUGACCAUGGUCCUAUUAAUGAAGCCUAUCGGGGUAUGCCAGUCCCAUGUGCUAUUAACAUCCCCGAAGAUCCUUCUGAAUCUUCACUUUCUUUAGACUUGUUCUCCUGCCCCAAAUGCAAGAUGCUUCUUUUGGACCCAGUUACCUUGAAUUGUGGGCACACUUUCUGCAAGAAAUGCUUAAGUGAAAAAGAAUCCAUUGAGUGCAGCAAUUGCCAUAGCAAACAUAGCAACAUAGCAGAGUGGCUUGGGAAGUCCUGUGAAGGGUUGAAAGUGAAUGUGGUUUUGGGGAAUUUAUUAGAGAAAUGGCUUGGUGAAGAAACCAGGAUCAGAAGGCUGUCUUUGGAAGGGGAGUCACUGCUUCAAAAUAACAAUUUCACUGGAGCAUUAGAGACAUUUACCAAAGCCCUGGAAUUGGCUCCAGGUGACUUCCUCCUAGCAGUAAGAAGAACAGAGCUUCAUUUAGCCAUGAAGAAUUUCAAGCAGGCCUUGAUUGAUGCAGAUAAUUUAUGCAGAAAACAUCUUCUCUGGCCAAAGGCACGUUCUAUGAAAGCGCAGGCUCUCUCUGGACUAGGAAGAACUGAAGAGGCUAUGAAGGAGUUCUUGUAUUGUGUUGCUAUAAAUCCUGAAUGGAGCUCAAUGAAGACUGAAGCACAAAAGAUAAUGUGUGACGUGUUUUUUCCUGCUUUUGAAAAUGUUCAGGCCAGUCUGAAACCUGUGUUCUUGAACAGCACCAACAGUCCAUCUUCUGUGAAAGAUGUUUCCUUUGCUGGGUGCUCCGAGGACUCCCUGUUCAGAUUAACCAAAGCCUCAUCCAUUGAGUCUGAUCUGUUUCAAAUGAAAGAUUUACUGGACAAUGCACAAAAUACCCCAGGAAAUAUUCUCUCCUGUCUUCCUAGCACAGGUCUUAAGAGAAAACAUGCCAGCAAUUCAGAGGAGCCUCACAGUGUAGAAAUUACUGCCAAAUUCCUGAAGAAAGAUACAGAAACCCUGUGUGAGCAAGUUAUCACUGGAACUAAAAUAAGAGAAAUUCACAGGGUUCUCGUGGAUGCAGCUGACUUCGAGUGCUCUCUCUGUAUGAGGCUGUUUUAUGAACCUGUAGCUACCCCAUGUGGACACACUUUCUGCCUCAAAUGCCUUGAGCGAUGCUUGGACCACAAUCCACAUUGUCCUCUCUGCAAAGAAAACCUGUCACAGUAUCUGGCAAGCAGAGCUUAUAAAAAGACUCAUCUCACUGAAGAAUUGAUAACACGGUAUCUGCCAGAGGACCUUACUGAAAGAAAGAAAUUGCAUGACGAAGAAAUUCAGGAGUUAUCAAACUUGAAUAAAGAUGUACCUAUAUUUGUAUGUACAAUGGCCUUUCCUACGAUUCCUUGUCCACUUCAUGUGUUUGAACCCCGCUACCGUCUAAUGAUCAGGAGGAGCAUGGAGACUGGUACCAAACAAUUUGGCAUGUGUAUUGCUGAUGAACUAAAAGGGUUUGCAGAUUAUGGCUGUAUGUUACGUGUGAGGGAUGUAAAGUUUUUCCCUGAUGGGCGGUCAGUAGUAGACACAGUUGGAUUGAGUCGAUUUAAAGUCUUGAGCCAUGGACAGAGAGAUGGUUACCAUACUGCAAAUAUAGAAUAUCUGGAAGACAAAAAGGUUGAAGGACAGGAAUAUGAAGAACUGCUUGCACUGCAUAAUUCUGUGUAUGAUCAGGCCUUGGUAUGGUUCACUUCUCUUAAGGACAACCUAAAAGCACAAAUUCUUAGCCAUUUUGGGCCAAUGCCAAGCAAGGAAUCUGAACUACAGGCUAAUUCAAGUGGCCCAGCCUGGUGCUGGUGGAUGCUGGCUGUGCUGCCACUAGAGAACAAAGCACAGCUAACUAUACUGGCCAUGACGUCAUUGAAAGAUCGCCUACUAGCAAUCAGACGUGUCUUAAUGUUCGUUACCCGCAAAAGACCCAGAUUACAUAGGUUUACAAAUGGAGCUUUGACUUAAACAACAUUCUAUAUUCUUUUUUUGUUUCUCUUUGUUUAUCAAAGACUUUUUUUUUUUUUUUACCUCUGCACUGAAAGAGAACUUUAAGACUUUUUAAGUUAUACUGUUGUUUCUGUGAAAAUGCCAUACAGUGUCCAUGAAUGAGCAACAUUUCUACCUGGUUUAUUUUACCAUGCCUCAUGGCGCUAAGCAGGACCUUGGUUACCAACAGACUAAAGGAUCAGAGACUGGUUAACUGCUGGUAACCAGGAACCUCGUGUGCCUUAUUACACAAGACAUCUUACAUCUCACUUGUGUAUUUUAAAUGUAUAUGUAUACAGAGGCGCAAACUCAUAUUAUAGCUGGAAGAGAUAAAACUGUUUGUUAGUCCGUACCCUACCACAGUGCAUUGUUGCAUUGGAAUAAGUUAUGAUGUCAACAGUUGUGAUAGAGUUCUUAGCCUGCGUGAGAACUCGUGUGACUGCUUUGUCAUCAGAAUUGCUGCAAAAUAAUUAAUAUAACCGUGGGGUCCAUGAAUGUAUAUCUAGUACAGGCCCUGGUUAGAAAUAGUGACCACAAUUUAGGGCAAAUGUUUCAGUCAUUGAUUAGGAUUAAAUACUACACAGUUUCCCUCAACUAAAAAUGUGCGUGCUUAAGCUUGCAAGAAGGGUGUUUACAUGCUCCAACUGCUAGUAUCUUGUCAAGGAGAUGAUCAGCAAUAUACAUUUGCCCUCCCAUGAGCCAACUCAAGAUUAUCUAGAACGUUGUCUCAAGCAUCAUUUUAAAAGGGAAUUGCAACCUCGGCAAGGCCCACAUCUUUCUCCUUUCUGGUAUUUUUUGCAACAAUCUACAUUCUCUAAAUGGGUUCGUGUUCUACUGUGUUUUAUGUAAUGGUAAUACAAAAAUAUGCAGGUUCUCGAAGAGACACACAAACUGUGAUACUACACAAAGAUGUGAAUUUGUCACUGUGAUGCUGGAGAUGACCAUUCUUUGUAUAAAACAUUGCACCAUGCAGAAUACAGGCAAGAAUGCAUCUGAGUUUCAGGAUAGUGCAGUAGCAAUGGUACUUCCUGAAACUCUGUUCUGUGGUCUCUUUCAAUCAUUCUUCCAAUGGAUGACAGUCACUAUUACUUGGAAUCUAUAUCUCUCCUCUAGUUUGCGCCUGUGUAUGUCAAAUUCCGAUGUGAUGUCAUCGACUAUUCCUGAUUGAUGACUUUCCGUAAUAAUGACAUUACCUUAUGGACUUUAAAAUUCUAGUACUCACUCAAAACCAGCAUUCUUCAACACUUUGUGCCUGCUAUCAUGAUGCUUAAGCCUCCGUCCAUGUUUGCAUAUAAAGCCAUAAGUUCCUAGUGUGGAUUCUCGACUAGCACUGUUUGCAAAGCAGUUGAUGUAACGUCCAUCCUAUUCCAAGAGUGAUUCUCCACGAUGUGACUUUUCACAUUUGGUACUCUGCAUUCAUGAUUAUCAUUCUUACUCUGAAAGUAGCCGAAGGAACAUGCCCUUUAAAACCUCAGAAAAAAUAUCUAGAAGUCUUCCCUAAAGCCUGCUGGGAGACACAACUUGAGGGAAAGCCUCUGCUACAUGGCUGUCUUCACACCUUCAUCUUGUGCAAAAACCAUUUAUGUACCACGAACAAUGUGUUAAUAUUUCAAUGCAUGGAAAUUAAUAGCAAGGACAGUUAAAAGAUGUGUGCAAGUGGAUUGUUUACAUGUAUGAUUGUUUUGGUAUUGUUUAACCUAUAGGAGUAAGUCACAUCGGUUCCAAGAUUGUACUUUCAUUACCUCCCAUCACUGUGUGCCCAAUCUCUGUGCAAAUAGUACAUUUUUAUUUAUAUUCAUAUUCCCAAGCUCCAUUAAGUUGUAAGCUAUGUGCAACAGGCUUACGUUGAGAACAAAAACAAACUGAAUUUUAAUAUACAAAAACCUUGUUAAAAGGAGAAUGGCGUAAUAUAGAUUUUUCCAAAGAACAUUACAGGGCUUUAAUACACCCGUAGAAGCUGUUUAAUACCAUUGAGUGGUAUAUCCUGUGUAUGUCAUAGAGCAAUCCAUUUCUCACAUCUGCUGACACGUUUUUUUGUGUUCUUUGUGUGAUCACAACAAUCUCUUCUUACAAAAUUGUGUGAUUAGGUACAAUAUAGUAUUAUUACAGCAGUGUAGCCCAGGACAAUCUGAAUCUGUAAUGCAAUGGGAUCUCUAACACAAGGGUACAGUGAAACUGAAUUGCAACACGUGUACAUUUGGGUAUUUAUUAAACAUAAUACUUAUUGAAGUAAUCCUGUUAAAUGCCACACACGUCGACAAAGGUUUUGAGGUUAAUCCCAGCUCUGGGCUUCUCCACUCUUUAAAGGAAAAAUAUAGAAUCCAUUGCCUGUAGCCUGAACGGAGCACUGUAAUCUGUAAAAACAUUCCAUUCAAUACUGAAAUGGGCAUGGCUAUGUAGUUUCUGUUCAACAGUCUUAAGUGCAAAUACAACCCAUCUUCAUGGUGAUGGUAUCCUGUUAUUCAUAUUACAUUGAAAAGUACUAUUUCACGUUGAAUAAUGAAUAUUACCCUUUUCCA